AUGCAAAAACUACAAGAUAGCGUAUUUUCCAUCGUUAAAACAACAAACCUCGCUCCUGGUGUAUUUAGUUUCUUACAGCCAAACGAAGAUUUUACUGAUAAAACUCCACUGGGCGGAAUUCUUAAAGAUACCAGACAUGGAUGGUUAGCGCUUGGUCCUAAGUUCUGCGUUGUCGAUCUUAGGAGCGGGCUGAAAGUUGCGGCGCGCACUUUUGGUUCUAGUGCGAGCAACAGCCGCAUCACAGUUACAAGUGUUGUGGAACUUCCAACACCAUUGACAGAUAACUCCAAUCAGCUUCUAAUAAGCUUAGAUUAUGAUAAUGUUUCUGGUAUGAUAUGUGUACUACAUGUCAAUGGAUCGCAGAUUCUCCGUUGCAUACAGACUGAAGUUGUUAUUACUGAACUGGCUGUAUGUGACGAUACACCAGAAGGACCAUUUAUGGCAUUUGACAAUAUAGUUGCUGCAGGAACUAGAAGAGGCGAGAUUUUAGUCUUUGAUCUGAACAGAGCUAGUUUGAUUCAAGCAUUAAAAGACAUUUCACAAGGUUAUGAGCAUUUAGUCUUAAAUGAAGAUAAUGCAACUAACAUAAAAUUUUUGCCUUUAAAGAAUUUACAUCAAAUUGAUGAACAAAGAGAUUUAGCUAUAGAAAAUGAUGAUCAUUUAGGUGUUAUAUUGAAUGAAGACUCCCUGUUUGAAGGGCAGUACAUUUUUCGUAAUCCAGAGGGUACUGUCAGAAUGAAAGCCAAGAGAGAUCAUAUACGAGUGACAAGUUUACAGUAUAUACCGCAAUUAGGAAGUUUAGCUGUUGGUUAUAAUUUUGGGGCCUUCCAAAUUUGGAAUCUUUUGAAUUUGGACUUAGAAUUUACUUCUCAAGUUAACGUUGACUGCUUGCCUGUCACUCAUUUUGGAUUUCAGGAGCCAUGUGAUGACCCUAGAGCAUUUUGUUACCUAUGGGUUGUAUUCUCAGUAAUAGAUAGAUUUGAGGAAGAAGAAUUUCCACUGGCAGUGAUGUACUCAUUAACAUACCAAGGGAAAAGGAUACUGUCAGAAACAAAGUGCUUAUAUCAGGAUUUUUCCUCAGCUACAAUUCGGUUUCAAGUUGAGCUAAGUGCUUCAGAGGAUGUCAACUACCUUCUUGGUGGCAGAUGCGUCUCUUGUCAUACAUAUUCUAUUGCAUCACCUUUGGGAGAGGAAGGCGAAGAUACGAUGCUUAAUAUUUGCCAAGUAGUUUGGGAAUGUUGGGGUGAAAAUGCCACAACUGCUGCCCAAUAUGGGAUGCUGUUAUUUGACUUAGAUCAAUGGUAUAAAGACCAAAUGCCAGCAACAUACCGUUUGGAGAGCAGCGCUUUUAUGAGUGUGACUUGGUUGGCUGCCUUGGGCUCUGGAAGGCUGGCAUUGGACGCUCGACUGCACCCUGCCUCAGUAGUUCCCUACUCUCAUGCCACACGUCUCGAGGAGCACUUUUUUCCCAAUUCCCUGCAGUACAAUUGCAUAUGCCUGAACACGUCAGAAGUAAAUGUUCUCCGUACCGUUGGUGUGCAACGACAAAUCAUAAACUCUAUUGAUGAGGCAGGGCCUACGUCAUUGCUCUCCCCCGCGAGGUUCUAUCAUGCCUGCGUGACAGCUGGACUGUCACCUCUAUAUGCUGAUAUCUACACACAUUCGUAUGAGAGAAAUGUCAGUCAGGAGGAGCAACGUAGAUUUCUGUUAUCAGUGGCGCUGGAAGCGAGGCUGUCGCGAUUCUUGAAGCGUUGCGCUCAUGACUGGGCCACUGGCACCCACAGCGGUCUGGGUUGCACCCUGGACUUUCUUGUUGACUGGUGCUGGAAACGGGCUAUUGAACUGAAAGAAAAUGCGAAAGAGCUGGCUGCUCCAUUAUUUACUUCGUCUACAUUGCCUGAUAGGAACAUAGUAAGAUGUCUGGAGUACUGUGUUCAACAAUUGACCCAAUUGACUGGCCUUUUAGAUGCGAUCUUGACAAAGUGCUGCAAUCUAGUCGUACCUGAUGCCCUCAGCGAGAUGGAGGAAAAGCACAAGGGCGUUGGCACCGUGGCGCUGUAUUUCCAAGUGGUGCAGUGGUUUUUACGAGUGGGGCUACUUCCGGAGCGGCACGAUGCCUUCGGAGUCCUGCCCUACCCGUCGGACCAGCUCUACGGUCUCUACAAGAAGAGGCGUCUCAAGCUUCAUCGUUUACAAAACAAUGCACCGCAAGACGAGGAGGCCGCCCAGAAAUCAUGUUCGCUUCUGUACAUUGAUCAGCUCUUGGAACAUGAAUUUGGAGGGCAGAGAGUGCAUCAGAUGUGGCUGAAAGGUGGCAGCGAAUGCGGAGGCUUGUACCCACCCCCAUCGCUCUACUGCCUUCUCCGACUCUAUCUGCUUCCGGAUAUCGCCGAAGAACACAAGCAUUCUCUUGUUCUCUACCUGCUGUUAGACUAUUCAAUGCUGUAUGACGACAUGAGAUACGAAGCGAUAAUCCGAAGACUGAUGCAGUUCCCGACCAUGUUUGGACUAAGCAACACCGCAAUCAAAGCUACGCAGGCAUUCUGGCAUCUGGACCAUAGAGAUUUCGACUUCGCGCUGGACCAGCUGCAGUGUCUGAGCGGCAACACGCUCUCGGAGUGGCAGCACAGCGUCGUGCUGUCCUCCUUGCUCGCGCAGAAGAAGAGCCAGGCGGCGCUGCAGUACCUGCACGUGCGCAAGCCGGCGCCCGCGCGCGACAGGGACGGCGAUAGCGGGAGGAGCGGCAACGCGCGCGCGGCCCGCGACAAGCUGGACGACUGGCGGCCCUGCUGCGACCUCUACCUCGCCAGGGGCCUGCUCUUCGAGGCGCUGGACGUCGUGAGGGUGCAAGUGCAGAAUGCCCCCUCUGACGAGGAGAGGGUGCAAGUGCUCAAUUUCUUCUUCAAAGGUUGCCGUAACACAGGCCAACUGGCCAAAAUUCUUCAAGCGACACUGUUACCAACGGAGGAGGAAGUCUUCAUAAAAUAUUUAAAAGACUGCAAUGAUGCGCAAACGUCGGAUAUACUUAUCAUGUACUAUCUACAACAGGCAAGGUACCUGGAGGCGGAGGAGUACAACAUCAAGCUGAAGGAGGGCCGCGGCCGCGCCAAGGAGCUGUCCACGUCCGCUGAGUCGCUCGCCGAUCAGGUGGAGCGGUGCCACACGCGCGACACGCUGGUGGGCGCGGCGUGCGCGGCGUUGCCGUCCAUCGCGUGCCGCGUGGCGCGCACCGCCGGCAUGCAGCUCGAGCCGCACGUGAUUGUCCCAAAACCGAUGUCCGUUUACGUUAAAGCCAAGUCACCUAAGAACACGUUCACAUACAAAUCUUCCUUCAUUCAGGACACAAUCGAGAACGCAAGUGAAACGUGGAUCAACAAGCCCAAACUGAGGAAGGGACUCAAGCGGGCGUUGGAAAUCGAGGACACUCCGUUCAUUUGCACGCCGAAAUUAAAUCGCACCAAAAGCCUCUUUUCGGCGGAGCGCGAAAUGGCCGAGACGCCGCCCGCGAAGCGGGCGAGGCACCCGGCCGGCAGCCCUGUCGGGCGUGGCAGCGGUGGCGGCGGUGGCAGCGGUGGCAGCGGUGGCGGCGGUGGCAGCCCGCGUGGCACGUUCCGGGCCAGCCGCCAACUGAGCGAGCAGAUGGCGGCGCUGCUCGACAUGCCCGAGGCGAACAGCCCCCGCCGGGAAGAAAGCCGCGCCGGCACCCCGCACAGCAUCCUCAAGAACCGGAGAAACGAAGUACUGGGCAGGGACGCGGCGUCUCCAGUAGAUUCCCACUACUUGGCCGACAGCGACGACGAGCUUCUGGAGACUGGAAGCAACCACACCUGUUACAGCGAUUCCAAGCAACUGAGGUUCCGGAUCCCGCCGGGCUCCGAGUCCGGUUCGGGCAGCCCGUCGCCCGUCCCUGUCGCACUGCACCGGCCCGACAGGGACAGGGAUACGCCCGACGCACGCGAACGUGUCGAUAGCCCUCAUCCAAUGGAAUCACCGCCGAAGAAGCUGGCGACCGAGGGGAGACCAGAAUCGAGAAAAUCAUAUAAGGAUUCGGUUCGUGCCAGACGUUCACUGUCAAUGUCGGCGAACAGCAGCCUAUCCGACGACCCCAACGCUUCGAUCGAGAGCAUCGCCGACAUUCCCGUCACCCUCAUCAACCCGCGCUACCGACCUUCCCCCGCCGUGUUAGCCGAGCCGUCUAUCGCCAAGAAGCUUCCAGAAGAUGACGCGUCCUUCUGCGCCAAGAAGCCUCCAGAGGAUGACGCGCCCUUCUGCGAGCUGAGGCCGGUGCCCGCCACGCCCAAAGGGAGGAGGGGCAUCAGGGAGAUCGGCGCCGAAAGCACGCCCCUCGUUAACAGAAGUGGCACCGCCACUCCUGAAAGGCAAGACUCACCAACAAUUGCAGCAUUAAGAGCGAACAGAGCCACCAGGAGCCGUUCGCGCACGCCCGAGGCGCUGCCGCCCAUCGCCGAGCAGCCGCGCGCCGAGCUCAGCACCGAGCCGCACGCGACCGACACCGCGCUCAGCCUGCCCAGGAGGCUCAGGAGUAGAUCUCGCACGCCCGAUUUGCUGGAGAAGGGCGUCGCUCAGCCGCCGACCUUGGAAGCCAUAACCGAAGCCCCAACACAACCUGACGCGGAGCCUCAAUCGCCCAGCCGACGUAGCUUAAGAAGCAGAUCACGCACGCCCGAUCUAUCGGAGAAAGUGGUCGUGCAGCCACCAGUAUUGGAAGCCAUCAGCGAAUCACCCACGAGGUCAUCAAAUUCCGAAUCAUCUUCACCAAGCCGUCGAAGUUUGAGUAGCCGUUCCCAUACCCCAGAAGUUGAGAAAAUGCCCGAGCAACCUGUCAUUGGCAGCCCACGUAGUUUGAGGAGCCGAUCGAACACACCGGAGAAGCUUAUCACACCGAAAAAGGACAACGCCGCGAAGGGACGCAAACCGUUGUCCAGAAUUGUGUUGGAAGCGAACGCCUUCGCAAAAACCAAGCAAGCGACGGAAGAGGCGAAAUCGGAACCGAAGCAGACCGCAGAGAGCUCCGAAGCGUCCAUAGAAUGCACACCCAUGAAGACCAAACCCACGAGCUUGAUGGACGUGACGUUCUCGCCGAUAGUCAACCAGUCAGUGCUGCAGAGCUCCGAGAGCCUGUCGGUGAGUGGAUUACAAGCGAACGAGUCGAGCCCCGCCACGGGCUCGAACCCGCUGCCCGCCUUCGCCACGAUCCACGAGGUGUACUCCGAGAGGUCCGUGCUGCAGAGCUACCAGAGCAGCGUGGAGCAGUCGUCCCUCCGCGAAGAGUCGAGACUGGUCGUGACGAAUACACCGGACGGCGAAAUCCAAUCGCUGCCCGCCUUCACCACCAUCAACGAGACGGACUUCAACAGAUCGAUCCUGGAGAGCUACGAGAGCAGCCUCGCCGAGAGCUCGGCCGACGGUAAGGUGGACAAAGCCGAGGAGGAGCCGAUCGCACCCCGCUUGGAACUCAAAUCGUUGGACGACACGGAAUUCGGCAAAUCCGUGCUCGGCGGCCACCAGAGCAGCGUCGAUAAUACAGACCUGGCGAAAUCCGCGCUCAAAGACGCCUCAAGCCUGAUGACCAGCGACAGCGACGCAGAUAUAAGGGACCAGCAGAAGUGGAAGUACGACGGCGGCGACACGGCGAGGGACAUCCAGAGGGAGAAGGAGCGGAUUGUGGAGAUCGAGCGGGAGAUUAACGAGAUCGAGGGGGAGUUUUCCGAGGAGGAAGGGGACGGGAGCACCGACGGGGAGAUCGUCGUGGGCGAGGAGGAAGAGGCGGAGGAAGAACAGUCCAGUGAUAGUGGCUCCGGCGACGGAAGCUCCAAUGACGAAGCUUCCGGUUCUGAUAGCGACGACGAAAUCAUAUCAAUCGCCGAUUCUGAUUCGGAGCCCGAAUCAAGCAAACGGAAAUCGGGAGAACAAAUAACAGAUGAGGGUCCGAAGGUACAGGAGAGCGUUGAAUCACAAACAGAAAGAAUCAUCGAAGUACACGUUGAGACAAACACGGAGACCGCUAGAGAAAUUACUUCGGAAGCGAACAAUGAAAAACUGGAAGAACAGGAUAACAAACCAAACGAGAGGAUCAUCGAAGUUGUACUGGAAAACACGAGUAACGCGAAAACUGAGGUAUCCGCUCGCGAAGAACAAUCGACGGAUGUCUUGAAUCAAGCCAAUUUCUCCUUAUUAACUGAUGACAACUCCGCUACGGACUCUGAUGUUAAUCUUACCUAUUCGGAUGAUAGCAAAGACAAGGAGGAAGCAAAAGAAGGCGAAGAAAAUCCACCUUCAGAGAAAGUUACAGGUUCACCGCCAGUGGAGGUGCAAGUGGAGGUAAUGGUCGAACAAGUCGCUCCUACGGAUGAGGGUAAAAUUGAAGAUGAACCGGCGACUGAAGCUAUGGACGUUGUCGACUCCACGGAAAUAAAGAUACCGCCAAUCGGCGCCGAAGAGAGAAUCCCAGAAGAGCCCAAAAUCGAAGGCACCGAAGCAGGAGCUACGACUCAAGUGGAGGCCAAAGAACCCGAAGCGGAGGAACCUAAACCCUCCCGAAAACGCACAAUAUCUUUCGCUGAAGCCACGAAGGAACCGGAAACCUCCGUGGCGGGGGAUCCCGUGGAGAUAUCUAUGGAUAUGCCAAAGACCCCUGUCACGCGCAAACGUAGCCAGUCGAUCUCGUCGAACAAGUCCGCCGCGGAGGCCGAACAGAGCAGCCCCGACGACACGAGCAGGGGCGGAGAAGUGACCCCAGGCAGAAGACGCCCAAAGACCCCCACGACAGAAGUGAGGAAGAUACUCACGAGACGCGCCUCCAAGGAGCUGGCGGCGAAGGGAGAGGAAGUGGAAUCGCCAUCGCUCGACGACUCCCUUACACCGAGGAGGCGCUCCACUCGCUCUAGAAGUAGGAACGUGAACGACGACAACGCCAGCGUGGCGUCCGACGUCUCCGCCAAAUCGGCCCGCAGCAGAGCGAGCGAAGAGGCGCCGGCGAAGCCAGCGGCGAGGAAAGGCAGGAAGUCCAUUCUGAACACGAAGACCGACCUCUCCGUCAUACCGGAAGUGGCCGCUGAGGAGGCGGCGCUCAAAGCGGAAGUCGCCGCGGAAGCCAACGAGUACACCGCCACCAGGAGACUGACCCGCAACCAGAAGUCGGUGAUGGAGUCCUGGCUUCAGCCGGCGGCGCCCAGGGGCAGACGCGCCAGCGCCGCCUCCAGGGCCUCCAGGACCUCCGAAGCCUCCAAGGCCUCUGAGACCUCCUUCGAGGAGGAGGAACGCGCCCCCGACCCCCUCGAGAUGGACCGCAUCGCGCUCCUAGACAAAGAGGAUUACCAAGGGCCGCCCGACGCGGAGGAGUUGCGGCGCGCCUCGCCCGUCCCCCUUACCCCGGACGCCCCUAGGCCACUACCGCGUUUGGCCCGUGCUGCUUCCGAGUCGAAGUCGGCGCCGACGACCAAACAGACACCAAGAAGGACGUCCGUCGACAUCGCCGCGACCCAGUUCGGCUCCCCGGCGGAGGCGAGUCCGGUGCGCGGCCGAAGGGCCUCCUUCAACCGCGCCUGCGAGGCGCUCCACACGCCCAAGGGCAAGGCCACGCCGGACCCCAAGCAAAGGGCCGAAUCUGAGAGCGCGGGGAAUGUCACUCCCAAAAGGAAGCCGAGGCGCGCCUCUACGCAGUCGGACGUCGCGACCCCCGACACGGAAAGUGGCAAAAGAUCUAGAAAAACCGCUGCUGGGAGAGCAGCCGAA